AUGCGUUCCAACAAGCUUCUUUUGCUCGCCAGUUUGGCGAAUGCUAUCCUCGCCCUUCCCACAAAGGACACCAGGGACUUGGACCCCCGCACCUUCGGCCUCGCUGCCGAGAUCUUGCACGAAUUCGGCAGUGAUUUGGUGACCAUUGUUGAAGAUAUUCUCGGUGGUGGAAAAAGCUCAGCAUCCGUCCUUACUAACAUCAGUGCCCGGGCUGCUGCUGCCCUGAACGGAGGUGCCUUGGGUUGCAAGGCUGGUGUCAUUGAUGCUGAUAUCCGUGCCGAAUUGGCCACCUGGAUCCGUGCUCAUGCUGGAUUCGAGGCCUCUCUCAAGACUGAGCUCCUCACCUGGUGUGAGGGCGAUGCCUCAGCAACUCUGUCGACCGAGGUGUGCGCCGGGCUCUCCUUGUACGUCCCUACCUGCGCCGCGAAGGCGGCCGCCGGUGAUCUCUACGUAACCAUCGACGGUAUCUUCGACGUUACGACACUCGAGGCUGGUGUUGUUCUCAGCUCUUCCUUCCAGUCUUCGCUUGCCACUUUCAUCUCCGGCUCUGUGGGCCUCGAGCUGGAUGCCAACAUCCGCGCCGGUCUUUCCCUUUGCGCUGGUGGUGGUGUUCAUACCGAUCUUCACGCCGAUCUUGCCGCUGCCUUGAAGGUCUGGCUCAAUGGCUCGUCUUGCUCCCUAAGCGCCUCCCUCAAGGUUGCCGUCCUGGCUUGGUUGGAGGGCAAGAUUGAGACUGGUGUCGUUGCCAUCGGUUCCAUUCCUACCGGCGGUGUCACUGCCGUCUCCGUUGGUGCCGCCAUCAGCGCCUGGAUCGAAGCCGAGGGCUCCCUUAGCGCCACUGCCCAGGCCUACCUCUCCGCCUUCCUCGAGUCCAGUGUCUCUGCCAACAUCGAGGCUGAUGUCCAGACCGUUCUGGAGGCCUGUAUUGCCGGCAAGCUUGCCACCUCUAUUUCCGCCGAUGCCCGCGCGGCCUUGGCCGUCUGGUUGUCCGGUUCCAGCUGCAGCCUGGGAGCCGAACUCAAGGCCGCCCUUUACCUCUGGCUUUCUUUCUCCGUCACUGAAGUCAGCAUCGACAUUUCCUCCAGCCUCAUCACCGAACUUGAGGUCUUCCUCACCGGCACCAUUGAGGCGUCCCUCGGCUCCAGUCUCCGUGGUACCCUCUGGCUCCUCCUCUCCGGGGAGAGCAUUAUUUACCUUUCUCUCGAGGCCCGUGCCGAGUUGGCCGCUGUCCUCGGUGGUGCUGUUGACAUCGAUAUCAGCAGCAGUUUCAACCUUCUCAUCAUCGAGUGGCUUACCGGCUGCAGCAUCCCCGGUGCCCCAACCAUCUCUUCUGGCUCCGGUUCGACCACC